GUAAAUAAUAGCGAGAAAGGAAGAAUGAAAGUAGAUGUUGACUUAUCGACCCACCAUCUUCAUUUCUUCUCUCAAUUCUUCUAAAGAAUCUGCAAAUAUUUAUCAGAAGUUUUGAUUUGAUCGUCUCUUCACCUCAGUAAUGUCUGCUCUGGUUGCAUCAUCAUCCUGUACAGCUUGCGAAUGGAAGUAUGACGCGUUCAUCAGUUUCAGAGGGAGAGACACACGCGACAACUUCACUAACUAUCUCUACAAACAGCUUUAUCAAAAGGGCAUUGAAACGUUCAUAGAUAAUAAACUCAACAGAGGAGAAGAGAUUACUCCCGAACUAUUGAAAGCAAUUCAAGAAUCCAUGGUUUCUGUCAUUGUUUUCUCUCAAAACUACGCUGACUCUCCGUGGUGCUUGGAGGAGCUUGUGCAUAUAAUGGAGUGUAAAAAGGCUCAUGGGCAGGUUGUUUUGCCUGUUUUUUAUAGAGUGGAUCCUUCUGAAGUGGAGGAGCAGAAGGGGGAAUUUGGUUUGGGUUUUGAAAGAGCUAAAAAACAGGCUAAUGGGGAUAUGAGGUUGGUUAAGAAAUGGAUUGCUGCUUUGAAAGAUGCCGCUAACCUUUCUGGUUGGGAUUCUUCUGUUGUCAGGCCUGACUCCAAACUUAUCGAUGAAAUUGUCAAUCAUAUACUGAAGAAAUUGAAGCAUACACCAUCAAGUGAUACUGAGGGACUGAUUGGAAUAGACUCCUCACUAGCACAAGUGGAAAAGUUAUUAAAUAUUGGAUCGGCUGAUGUUCGCACCAUAGGAUUGUGGGGCAUGGGUGGCAUAGGCAAGACGACCAUUGCUGGAGUUAUAUUUAACCGCAUAUCUGCUCUAUUUGAUAGUUACUGCUUCCUUGCAGAUGUCAGGAAAGAAUCUGAAACAACGGGUCUGCCUCAUUUACAGGAAUCAUUAUUCUCUAUGUUGUUAGAGGAUGACAAUCUAAACAUGCAUAUGCUAAGUACAGAACCUUCUAGUAUCAAAACUAGGCUCCAUCGCAAGAAGGUCCUUGUUGUUCUUGAUGAUGUGAACAAUUCAAGACAACUUGAACUUUUAGCAGGUGUUCAUUGGUAUGGUCCAGGAAGUCGAAUUAUCAUAACUACUAGAGAUAGACACUUGCUAGUUAGCCAUGACGUGAAUUUUGUAUAUGAGAUCAGGGAUCUAAAUGAGGAACAUGCACUUGAGCUUUUCAGUCGAUAUGCAUUUAAGCAGAAACAUCGUACAGACGAGUUUACUGAGCUCUCAAUGCAUGCCAUUGAUUAUUGCAAAGGGCUUCCUUUGGCACUGAAAGUCUUGGGUUCUUCUCUAUAUGGUAGGAGUGAGAUACAGUGGACUGAUUCACUAAAUAGAUUAGAAAAACAUUUUAACAAGGAUAUUCAGCAAACCCUUAGAAUAAGUUUUGAUGGACUUGAAGAGUCAAACAAGUCCAUGUUUCUUGAUGUUGCUUGUUACUUUAGAGGACAGGACAAGGAUUAUGUUGCGAAACUUCUAAAAAGCUUUGGCUUCUAUCCUGAAAGUGGUAUAAGUGAACUUAUUGAUCAUUCUUUAGUGACUGUUUUUGACAACACCUUAGGAAUGCAUGAUCUGCUACAAGAUAUGGGUCGCGAGAUCGUGCGACAACAAUCUCUAAAAGAUCCCGGAAAACGUAGCCGGUUGUGGGAUCAUGAGGAGGCUGUCCAAGUGCUGAUGGAAGAGUCGGGUACUGAACAUGUUGAAUGCAUGGUCAUAGACUUGUCCAAAACGGAUGAGAGGAAGUUCAGUGUCGAGGCCUUCAUGAAGUUGAAGAAUCUAAGAUUGCUUGAUGUCCAUGGUGCCUAUGGAGACCGCAAAAUACACCUUUCUGGAGACUUUGAUAUUUUGUAUUACAAAUUAAAGUGUCUUUGCUGGGAAGGAUAUCCCCUAAAAUAUUUACCAUCAAAUUUUAAUCCUAAAAAGAUCAUUAUGAUUGAAAUGCCACGGAGCUCCAUUAAACAACUUUGGGACGGAAAACUGGAAUUCAAAGAGUUGCAGUUCAUUGAUCUUAGUCACUCCCAAGAGCUGACUGAAACCCCGGAUUUCACUGGAGUCCCAAACCUUGAGACGUUGAUUCUUGAAGGUUGUACCAGCCUCUCUAAGGUUCACUCUUCUAUUGGAUCUCUCAAGAAACUUGUUUUGUUGAAUUUGAAGGGUUGCAACUGCCUUAGGAGUCUCCCGAUAAGCAUUGAGUGGGAAUCUCUUAAUACACUUGUUCUUUCUGGUUGCUCAAAACUUGAAAAAUUUCCGGAAAUUGUGGGAAAUAUGGGACGCUUAUCAAAACUUGGCUUAGAGGGGACUGCAAUAGCUAACCUACCACAUUCAUUUGAGAAUCUAACUGGGUUGCUUUCCUUGAGUCUCAGAAAUUGUAAAAACCUUGAGAGGCUUCCAGACAAUAUUAAUUCUCUGAAAUAUCUGAAAAACCUCGAUUUAUUUGGCUGCUCAAAGCUUAAAAAUCUACCUGAGAGCUUGGGGUAUCUAAAAUGUUUGGAAAAGCUGGAUGUGGGCAAAACUUCUGUAAGACAGCCGCCAUCCUCCAUUGGACUUCUGAGAAAUCUGAUAGUGUUAUCUUUCCAUGGAAGCAAACCCGUAGCACGCCAAUGGCCUUACAAGUUGUUAUCUAUGUUUGGAAAAAAUGAUGCUCCGGGUUUAUCUUUGCCUUCUUUGACAGGUCUACAUUCUCUUACAGAAAUAGACCUCAGCGACUGCAAUCUUUCAGAGGACAUGAUUCCUGUGGAUUUUGACUGCCUUUCCUCUCUGAAGGUAGUAAAUCUAAGCAGAAAUAUUUUUGUAAAUUUACCUGCAAGCAUCAGUCGACUUCCUCAGCUGCGAUAUCUGUACUUGGAUGACUGCGUGUGUCUUAAAGCUUUACGGAAACUUCCAUCAACAAUACAUGAAAUUUCUGCUGAUAAUUGCGCCUCACUGGAAAUGUUAUCAAGUUCAGAAGUAAUUGCAGAUAAAUGGAAUUGGCCAAUUUUCUACUUUACUAACUGCUUCAAGCUUGCUGUUAAUCGAGGAAAUGACAGUUCUGUGUUUGAAUUUCUAAGAAGCCAUUUGCAGUCUCUGUCAAUGAGUCAGCUUCAGGAUGCCUCCAGUAGCUGUCGAUUUGAUGUUAUAGUUCCUGGAACAGAGCUACCAAACUGGUUCAGCAAUCAAAUCACAGGCUCAUCCAUUAUCGUCCAGUUAUGUCCGAAUUGGUAUAAUGAGAAAUUCAAAGGACUAGCUGUCUGUGUACUUUUUGCAAUCCACGAGGAUCCACAAUUACUUUCUGAAGGCGUAGUUUCAGACAUUGCGAUUUAUUGCAAGAUGGAAGUGAGUGACCAUACUGCAACUUCUAGCUUUAAAUUUCUCAUCUAUAGAGUUCCAUCUCUACAGUCAGAUCACCUAUGGAUGGGCUUUCACUCCCGGAUUGAAUUCGACAAACCAAAUUGGCUGAACAAAUGUCGAGUUCUAAAAGUAUCAUUCGAAUCUUCUUCCCCGUGCAUGAAAGUGAAAAAAUGCGGAGUCCGCAUGGUUUACGAUAAAGAUGAGGAUGAGGGCAGUCAUCCUUGCCAGAAUUUAAGUCUUGACUAUCAAGUUAUUAGGGAGCCAAUGGUGGCAGAAGAAAUUGGCAAGCUGAAAAGAAGGCAUGAGAGCUAUAAUGAGGCUGGAUCUGGUGGCAGUAAAAGUUCUGACAAAGAAGAGAGGCCAUACUCAAAGCGGUUCAAAGAAUUCUGAACAAGAUAACCGAAACCCUUUUCAAUUAUAUAAAAUUAAAAUGUUUUAAGACAAGCAAUAAUAGUAAUUCUUAUAUAACUUCAAGAGAGAUGAUAGUAAUUAA